GUCCGUAUGUGGAAAUGUAAAAACCUCUAUUAGUUUUACGGAAAUGACAUGAAAAUGCCUAAUUUAAGCCAUUCACACGCCAAUAUGAAGUGCAAAACACACAAUUUGCCAUGUCAGCAUGUAGUAUUUAUGAGAUACGUUUCUGCCAAGUUGAAGUGUCUAUUUAGUCAUUUGUUAAGUACGUGUCUAACUUACAAAUCGUGCCAACUUUAAGGGACUAUCUAGGUAAUAAGCCUACUAUAUUCUAAUCAAUCUUCGAGGGCUCAGUCUCAAGGUGUAAUUGUGGGGCGCGUAUAUGUGGAAAUGUAAAAACCACUAAUAUGUUGAAUGUUUUUACGGAAAAAACAAGAGAAUCCCUAAGUUAAGCUAUUCACGCGGCAAUAUGAAGUGCAAAACGCACAAUUUGCCUUGUUAGCAUGGAGUAUUUUGAGACACAUUUCUGCCAAAUUGAAGUGUCUAUUUGGUCAUUUGUUAAUUUUAAUCUCUAACUUACAAAUCGUGCCAACUUUAAGGCUAUCUUCUAAUCAAUCUUCGAGGGCAUAGGCUCGUGUAAUUGUGGGAUCCGAUGUGGAAAUGUCAAAACCACUAUUAUUUUUAGGGAAAUAACAUGAAAAUGCCUAAAUUAAGCCGUUCACGCGCCAAUAUGAAGUGCAAAACACACAAUUUGCCAUGUCAGCAUGUAGUAUUUAUGAGACGCAUUUCUGCCAAGUUGAGUUGUCUGUUUGGUCAUUUGUUAAGUUUAAGUGUCUAACUUACAAAUCGUGCCAAGUUUGGGUCUAUCUAGGUAUUUAGCCUACUAUCUUCUAAUCAAUCAUCGAGAGCAUAGGCGCAAGGUGUAAUUGCUGGGCUCGUAUGUGGAAAUGUAAAGACCACUAACAUGGUUAAAUUUUGUAGGGGAAAAAAAUAAGAUGAAACCUAAUUUAACCUAUUCACAAGACAAUAUGAAGUACAAAACACACGAUUGCCAUGUUGGCAUGGAGUAUUUAUGAGACACAUUUCGGCCAAGUUGAGGUGUCUAUGUGGUAAUUUGUUAAGUUUAAGUGUCUAACUUACAAACUGUGCCAAGUUUAAGGGGCUAUAUAGAUAUUUAGCCUACUAUAUAAUCUUCGAGGGCUCGGGCUCAAGGGGGAAAGAGUUAGGUUAAAAUUGAGAUGGAUAUCAAUACUCUAGGUGUUCAAGGUACUGCAGCAGCCGUGGCUGUCGCUGGAUCUUUGGCCGGAGGAUUUUCAACAAGAACAUAUUUAGAUUCUACUGUUCAGAUGGGAAAUGCAAAUGCAGCUCAUUGGCAAGAGGAGGUUUACCAAAAGAUCAAGUAUAUGAGGGAGAUGUAUUUAUCAGUGCUCAAUAAGCUACACCACAAAAUUGCUUCUAUGGUGCAGCAGUAUGACUCUCUUCCUCAGUGUCCUCAACAUGAGCAAAUUGAAAAGCUCAAGAUGUUCAAGAUGUCACUGGAACGCAUUGUGCUUUUCUUGGGGCUUAACAAGCAUGAUAUUCAACUUGCUCACAAGGAGAAACUGUUUUCAGUUGAAAAGCACAUAAGUUUCUUUCUCAGUUCCAACAGGCCGCGCGAGUCUUCCAUGCAGCUUCAGCAACCACAGUCUCUUGAUGGUCAAACUGAUCCAUCGAUGCAACCCGCACAGGGUUCCAUGCCGGCAAUGCAACAGAACCAUCUCACCAACUUGCAACAUAAUUCCUUGUCUGGCAUAUUGACAAUUUCCAACUCUCAGCAGCAUAUGAUAAAUAUGGUACAACCUCGUUCCAUUGUGGAUUUGGGGCAGGGUAAUUCAUUGAACUCACUGCAACAGGCAUACCUCGGUUUCCUACAGCAAAAUUCAAACACCUUGCAACAGUCGCUUCCUAAACAGCACGAGCAGCAGAUGCAGCAGCAACUUUUUCAUAAACAGCAGUUAAUGCAACAGCAGCUGAUUGCACAGCAGAACCAACUGAUGGGCCAACAGAACACGAUGCCUGAUGUGCAGCAGAGGCUAGUGGGCCAACAGAAUAACUAUAACAGUCUGCACCAGCAGCAGCAGUUACUUAAUCAGCAAAACAACUUUCAAAAUAUGCAUCAGCAGCAGUCGGGCUCUCAAAGUAAUAUUGCUGGGGUCCAGCAGCAACAGUCGCUUCCUAAACAGCAUGAGCAGCAAAUGUUCCAGUACCACCAGCAGCAGCAACUUUUUCGUAGACAGCAGUUAAUGCAACAGCAGCAGGCAAAGCAACUGCAGCAGCAGUUGCCUGGAACGCAACAACCCGGUAACGCUGGCUUGACGUCUAAUCAGCACCCUAUCAAUAUGUUGCAACAAUCAAAAGUUCCUGUACAACAGCAAAUGCUGCAGAGUACUACGACCUUGUUACCAAGUCAAGAUUCUACAGCUCAGAUGGGAAAUGCAAAUGCAGCUGAUUGGCAGGAGGAGACUUACCAAAAGAUCAAUUCUAUGAAGGAGAUGUAUUUAUCAGAGGUCAAUGAUCUAUACCAGAGAAUUGCUUCUAAAGUGCAGCAGCAUGAUUCUCUUCCUCAUCGUCCUCAAAACGAGCAAAUUGAAAAGCUCAAGAUGUUCAAGAUGGCGCUGGAACGGGUUGUGCUUUACUUGCAGCUUAACAAGCAUGACAUUCAACUUUCUCACAAAGAGAAACUGCUUGCCGUUGAGAAACACAUAAGUUUCUUUCUUAGUGCCAAUAGUGGCAAACCUGCUUCUUCUCCACUACCGGGGCAACUUCCUGAGUCUUCCAUGCAGCAGCUGAUUGCACAUCAGACAAAUGUUGCAAAUCUCCAGCGGAACCAACUGAUGCAUCAACAGACGAAUCAAUUGGAAAUGGAAAUGCAACAGAGGCUUCAAACAUCAGCCCCCUUGCUUCAACAGCAGAAUGUAAUGGAACAGCAGAAGCAGCUAUAUCAACCACAAAGAGCCGCACCAGAAGCCUCAUCAAGUUAUGAAAACACAAAUUGCGCAUCUUUAGAUUCUACAGCUCAGAUGGGAAAUGCAAAUGCAGUUGAUUGGCAGGACGAGGUUUACCAAAAGAUAAAGUCUAUGAAGGAGAUGUUUUUAUCAGAGCUCAGUGAUCUAUACCAGAAAAUUGCUUCUAAAGUGCAGCAGCAUGAUUCUCUUCCUCAUCAUCCUCAAAACGAGCAAAUUGAAAAGCUCAAGAUGUUCAAGAUGACGCUGGAACGCAUUGUGCUUUACUUGCAGCUUAACAAGCAUGAAAUUCAACUUUCUCACAAGGAGAAACUGCUCUCGGUUGAGAAGCACAUAAGUUUCUUUCUUAGUGCCAAUAGGCCGCGCAAGCCUGCUUCUUCUCCACUACAGGGGCAACUUCCUCAGUCUUCCAUGCAUACAAGUCUGGCACAAAACACAUACGCACCAGACACCUAGGGUUGGUUCCGGUCAACAAGAUAUUGCUUCUGAGUCUGAUAGACUUCUGAAAUUGGUAGAUUAGAUGGUAGUUCUGGCGGACUAGGUUAUGGCAGUUUCGAUAUUACUAUCUCCCCAGACCCCACUUGUGGGACUACACUGGGUUUGUUGUUUUUGUUGUUGGUAUUGCUACUUAUGUUAUUAAUUGAUUGGGUUCAAGUGAUGAACGUUUAGCGCAUGCAGGGACGGAUUUACAUGGACGGGUAUGGGUUCACAUGAACUCAUGCACCCCUCCCUAGAUUAUGCAAAGUACUGCAAUUAUUCUGAUAAAUUAUUUAAAUUUUAUGUGGGAA